CAGCACCCCGCGCCGAGACCCCGGCCCCUCCGCCCAAGCGUCCAGCGGCGAGGGUUGCGCGACCAUCUUCGCCCCCUUACGGCCAUCGGGAUUCGGAGGAUGUGAUCAUGGCUGCUCCUCCGCCCAAGCCCGAGCACUCCGUCCCUACUAAUUGGCAUCGCACUGCGUACAGACUCCGCAACCGCGUCGUCCGGGAUACCAGCAACCGCAAGCCCGCCCCCAGUCGCUACGACAACGGGAUAGAAAUUAAGCAUGAUCUAACAUGGCAAACUCCGACGUGUGCACGUGUGGCUUUGGAACACUACAACAACAUGAAUCAGGGGGACGAGCAUGAGAUGGUUAAAGCAAUGAGCAGUCAUGUAUUUGUCUUCAAUGGUAUCUGGUUCCAUGCAAAUUUCCUUGCUAAGCGAAAAGGAGCCACCACCUGUGUUGAUCUCGUCCCCAAGUACUUCUUUGCUGAAUUGAAAAUCGUGGGGACGAAGAAACUAUCUUGUGUUUCAUGUGUUAAGCUUGACCCAGGUGAUCCCAAAAACAUUGGUGGUUGUAGCCUGUGCUAUGAGAAUAUCAUGCAUCCUGCUGGCGGUGGAUACCACGGUACCCAACCUCGAUCUGUUCGACAUGCUCCUGGUGGCCUACAGAUUUCAUUCAAGUUCUGAAUGCUGGAAGUGGUAGAAUCGUCCAUCACCAUGCUAAUAUAAUAUAGGCGGAUGAAGAAGAAAAUUGUGUUUAAAUAUGAGCGUCAAACCUGUUCUAGUAGAAUCAUGCAUCAUCUUGGCUGUAAUGAAGGUUAAAACUCCACUUUGCUGUAUGUCCAAUGUUAUUAAUCUGUUUCAUGUAGUGGAAGGACGUGUUUGUUACAGUUUGUU